GCUUGUCAAUGAUCAUUGGUGUGUGUUUUUCCAUAGUAUAUUAUUUUAUCUGAAAGUUCAUACUUAGCAGUGAACUGUUAAAUGUAUUUAUUAUUUAUCUCGUAGCAGUCGGUGAAAACUACGAAGUUAAAAGUUUACAACGUGAAAUAUGCUUGAACUCUCGUCUGGAAUUAAUUAAGAGAUUAAUGAGAAAUGAAUGUCCUAAGCAAUGAUUUGAGGAUUUUGUGAUUAUCAGUUACAAGAAUACAUAAUAAUAUGAACUUCAGGUUUUUAGCACAAGCACGCAAUAGCCAAAAGUUAACUUUUUUGCUCCCAUUGUGUACAAUUUCAAUUGAGUGGGAUUAGUAUACUAAUUUUUGUAAGUUACAAUACAUUUUUGCAUUGAGUAGUCGCACAGGCAAACGAAAUGGACGGAUCGGUGUCGAAUACACUGCUUCUAGUUAGCAUUUCAAUACUGCUGAUAACAACUAAGACAAUUUCGGCGAGUCAAUAUAGCAUCAAUUUGACAACAUCCGGCUCGGUCGUACUUGGAGGAACGGUCGAGUUUCAUGCUGUGCUGCUGACAGACGGCAAACCGGUAGAGGGCCAGUAUCAAGUUAGUUGGCAAGACAAUUUGAAUCCGCCAAACACACAAACGGGUGAAGCGAAAACGCCUUAUUGCAACUGGACAGUAACAUAUGGAAACGACGUUAAUGCGGGCAACUAUCAGGCAACAGUCGUUUACCGACAGUUUUAUUACGUUGUCUAUGUUGAGGCAGCUCGAAGAUCUAUCGACUUCAACUUGACAAGUCUACUGAAUGGACAGUUGCAACUAGUUCAAAAUAAGUCUAUCGUUGAUACAGAAUACGUGUCGAGCGCUGUUACGUUGAAUCAAACUGUGACACUUACCGAGAGCGAUCAGCGAGUUCUAGCUAAAGCAACAUACAUUCGAACUUAUUGGUUCAUCAACUGUCAAUAUCUUGGUCCAUCCGAUCAGUAUACCAGGCUUAGUAAUUUCACGAGGGAAAAUGAGGAGUACACAAUUGAGGCACUAGUUGUGGCGUCGUUCGAAAAGCUUCCAGAUCCAACCACGACUACCACCACCACAACCACAACAACAACUACGACAACUACUACUACUACAACUACUACCACAACAACCACACCAGCUACUACUACAAGUACUACAACUCCAUCGACUACUACACCGAAGACUACAACAAAUGCCCCGUCCAAUGACACAACAACCGUACCGACAACCAGUACUUCUAGUACAACAUCGUCUAGUACUACCAGUACGUCUGCCAAGCCGAUAAGCCAAGCCAACGGUAAGAGGCGUCGACGGCAAUCGGAGUCUUUAGGCGAUGUGCUUGCCAGCGUCAGCCCGGUGCUUCUUGAAAUGGUGGAUACCCGCAGCAUAAUAGACGGCAAACAUGUUCCGCAUCACCUCCUAGAUCAGAUCGAAGAUGACCAGGUUGCGGUUAGUCAUAUUAUUAUAAAGUCAGAUCCAGAGUUCAACAUCGAAGACUCCAGGCAGCCGUUCGUGUGCGGAAAUAACUCGAUGAUUCCUCCGGAUCCUAAGAAAACCUAUGGUCAUUUUGUCAGAAGGAUAAUCGUCCAAAAUCCUAUUGACAAACUUAACAUUUCUGGGCCUCAGUGGGUUCAACAGGGUGAUAUGGUUGACAUGAAGUUUCAAUGUUCAGGAUCACCACCUUUUCAGUUCUGUUACAAUGUGUAUACAGGUCAACAUAACAUCACGGCGAAUGAAACUUGCGACGAUGGCUGGUUCACCAACAUGGAUCGCUGUAGGUUCGGUUUCCAACGCUACUUCUUCACCAACGAGCAACGUUCGUUGGUAGUCUUCCUGAAGAAUCGUGUUUCUAUGGAAAUCACACAGGUUGGAUUGCAAUUUUAUGAGAACCAACCGAAAUCCCAGCUCUCGGUGAUUGUGGUCCCAAUUGGAUUCUGUCUGUUGGCCGUAAUUCUGGUGGUGUUCGGUGUAGCGUAUUACAUCCAAAACCGGGAACGGUUCAUCGUCGAAGUGGCGGACUUCAACUUUGGCGAUACAAACUCGCUAGAUGACGACAUGGAGUAUAAAACAUUCCAACAGAGGCUGCUGGAUAGUCUACGAGACUCGAUCAGACUGCCUCGGUUUCGCCUAGGAUCGAGCGGAGCCAGUAACGAUGGAGACGACAUGUCUCCGUCGGCCGUAGGCGAAAGUUCACUGCGGUACGGCUCCAUGACCUGAGCCAAAAUCUAAAUGUUUUCCUUUUGCUUUUGUCUUACAUUAUAAAAUGAGAAGUGGAGUUUGUUUUUCCGUUGUAAUAUAUUAUUCACUUAUUAUUGUCAAUCCGCCCGCCCCUCAUUGUAUUGUGUAGAUAGAAUGAUUGGCUGUUUCAACAAAUGCCUUUUUCAGCUUAUAUUUUAGGCUUGAUGCAAACAAGAUUCGGUAUGUUUAGGACACCUGCAUCUGGCGUCCGUUCUGUCAAUUUUGCAGUAGAAUGAAUGCAAACAAGAACACAAUCCAAUGUAAAAAAAACUCGAUAUUAGACUGUUACCUACUAUAAAUCAUUCUACUUUUCACAUGCAACGCGGCACUUCUGACAAAUCUGAAACAUCGCAGGGUCCGAACCAUGUCUUUUCUUUAAUAUCUAUAGAUUGUUUGAAACUUAUACUUCUAGUAAAUACGAUGUAAAUCAAGAACUCAAUAACUGUUUCCAAAUUAGCGGAAGAAACCAUUGUAAUUCCAGACUAUCAAAAACAAAACUUGAAUGACUUCGUGAUCUGAAUUGGUUUGUCUUUGUGUUUUCGUCUAAUUAUUCUAUAUAUGUUACAUGUAUGCAUAAAAAAUUGUGAUACCCGUGAAAUAAUACAUGCGAAAUAAUUUCAUAUUUUUACUCUAAAAUACAGUUAAAAAAAAAAACAAGAUAAUCAAAUGUUAAGCUCACAUUUUACGUUAUCAAAGUCAACCGAUUUAAAAAUAACCGAAUGAGCACAGAGGAGUGAUUGUUUAUGUACAUAGUACUAUAUAGUUCUAAUGAAUUACAUGAAAAUUACUAACACGUUCACUUGUUCAACCCAAGUGUGACUGUCAAAUGAGUUCGACUCCAUCAUGUUUUACAUAAAAAAGGCAGUGAUCAAAUUAAAGUACGAUAAAGUUGGAAAAAUAAUCUACUCAAUAGAUAAUCGAUGACUUUUGGGAUAGCUAGAAAGUAGAAAGUAGGCGCUUCACGAAGCCCAAGUUUAAACUGCAUAUUUUGGCUUGUCUAGAAUGAAAAUAAACAAUAGUACGAUAUUGUUGGUAAUAUUCAUUAAUGACCUUAAAUAGAAAUAAAAAAGGAAUAAUUGAUCACCAA